GCCGACUGUGGCAGCUAGAAAUCGCACCGUUUGCAAAAAUAACAGGUUUGAGAAUAAUGCAUAAUCAAAUUCCCCUAAGUACCGGCGUAAAUUAACAUGUGCAGAAAUCGUUGAAUAGGCUAUCAGAACUCACGUGAACAGAUCGGUAGUUUUCAUUAAAAAAAAAACCUUGAACAAGUACGCGCGUUUAAUUUUAAACGGUAGCUUUAAAUUCAGUUACCGGGAACAACUAACUAAACCAAACAUGUUUAAAUUUUGUCGUGAAUCGGAAAUGCACGAAUAUCCAAAAGUAGGAAACGCUUGUGUUUCUAUUUUUAUCGAAUUAAAGUAAUUAUUCAGCAAAACGUGGCACGAGACACACCGUGUUAGGCAACAGACAAUACAGGCUUGAAAAAUCCAUAAAUAUUUAAACAUUUAAAACAACGGUAAAUUUAUUUACCCAAAUGCGAUACGAAAGUUGUAGAUACUGCUUCUCCCAGAUAAGGGGACAAACCGUCUCCUUAUCGCAGAUAUCCUAUAUGAAAAAAAAUUAUUUCUUUUUUGCCAAGUAAAAUUUGGAAAAUGCGGCAAGUUUUUGUUUAUUUCGAAACAGGCAGCUAAAAAUAGAAAGCAAAAACCUACGAUAAGUGCCAUCCAGUGCUAAAUAAUUUGUUUAACUUAUGAAUAUAAUUAGUAAUUCAAAAAAAAAACAUCAAUAUGUGUUCAAACAUGUCACCAUGCGUUUUGAUAUUAAUUGAAAAAUAUAAAAUUGAAAUAAAAAAAGUGAAAACUUCCGAUAACUGCGAUGAUUAAACGCAAUUUCAGAAAACAAAAUUUUUUCAGUAAACAUUAAUUAAUUACACUUCAAAGUAAUAAAAUAAAACAAUGAGUUUACCUGUUACAUGUAAACAUUUUACAACUUAUUAAGCAAAAUUACUUGAAAAUCGCAAAAUGCGGCGACAAACUUUCAAAUCGGUACUAACAAUAGCGAUAUUGAUCAUAAUCAAUACCGGCCAUUGUUUAGUUUUGGCCACCCCCAAUUGAACGUCGGCCAACCAUAAAAAAAUGUUUAAUCAGUCAUUUCGUAUUCAGCUAGUGCAUCCCUGUUUGCUCUUUGUGUUUUAUUUAGGAAUAAUAAUCGUAUAAAAAUAUAAUCGAUACGCCAUAGUUAAACAAUAGCGGCACAUUUCAGUUUAACGCAAAACGUGAAACAUGUGGUGCGUUUCGUGUCGAGAAGAACCACUACCAUCCUGCGAGGAAUUUGAAAUGCAAAAUACGGUAAAUUUGGAACCGUUAGGUGUGAAUGAUGUGGUCGAUUUACUUCAACAACAUUAUGGAAUUAUCUCAGGUGGUAAAACGAAAGACGGCUGUCCAAUAAUUACAUUUCCUGACAACAAUAAUUUUCAAAUGCUUACCGAUAGUGAAUACCAGCGUUUAAUGUUAUAUUUGACUUCAGUGCCUACUUUACAAGAGGCAGACAUGGGCUUCCACUUAAUAAUAGAUCGAAGAAAAGAUCGAUGGAAUUCUGUCAAAGCCGUACUGCUGAAAAUUUCAGUAUAUUUCCCUGGCCUUAUUCAUGUAGUAUACGUUCUGAGACCGGCUAGUUUUCUACAAAAAGCUUUGUCCGAAGUGAGCAACAAGCUUUUCAAGGAUGAAUUCAAAUUUCGCAUGAUCGUGUUAAGUACCGUCGAAGAGUUGCACGAGUACAUACAUCCCAGUCAGUUAACUACUGAUCUUAAAGGUACUUUGCCUUAUAAUCACGAUGAAUGGAUAUAUCAACGAAUAGAAUUAGAAAAUUUCUCGGCGAUAACUCAGCAAGUGUCUAAUGCGCUUGACGAAUUCACGAAAUCUGUGGACGAGACUGAAUUACCUAACAAUGUCGAUUCUACUCAGGAAUUACUCAAUAAACAAACGGAAUUUUACUCGGAUUUGAAAAAAGAAAUACUCUCCACCGCCAAAGCCGGAGAAGACCUUCUGAGUAGUAUUAAGAAGAAAAACUCCAAUAACGAUAGCGGCGUUCCUGAUAUGGUGGGAAACGUUUUUGCCGUGGAAAGGCUUUUGGUGCAACUAGAAGAAACGGAAACCACCUUCGAUGAUUUUUGGCAACAGCAUUCGCAAAAAUUGCGACAAUGUUUAAACUUGCGAAGAUUCGAACAAGAUUUCAGGGAGUUGCAAUCGAAUUUUGACGUUGCGUUAAAAACGGUUUCUGAAAUGACGGAAAUCGGCGAAACCGUUGCUCGCGUGGAUACGUUGAUUAAAGAAACCAACGCGUUCGAAAAAAUCUGCGAAUCGGACGUUCAAAGGGCCGAAGAAGUAAUUUCGUCCGGACAAUUGUUAAUGAUAAUUAAAAACUCGUGCCCGUUGGAAUGCGUCGAACCAAAAUGCAGUGAACUGAUUAGGAUGAGAGAGAUGCUUUUGACGAGGUUAUCGAAACGGAAGGAGAUGCUACAAAAAUGCCGCGAACUUAUGGAAAGGGUGGAAAAAGCAAACAAAUGGUGCGCGAGUGGUAUAGAUUUAUUAGCGUCGCAAAAAAUUGAAAUAUGUUCGAAUUCACCCGAUUUAGCCGAAAAAUACCUUAUCGAAAUUCGGGAAUUUACAAGUUCUUCAAAUGAAUUUACAGCUAACGGCCAAAAAGACUUCAAAGAUAUAUUCCAAGACAGUAUUACACCGGAAACUAAAGCGCUAGUGUCGCAGGUACUGCAGAGAAUUGAAGAUGUGUCUUUAAUGUGUGAUAAACGCGUAUCUAGUCUAAACAAAAUUGCAGUAAGGAAUAAGAGACCGGUGCAGACCGUGAUUCCUGAACCGGCAGUUCCCAGACAACCCUUGAUGGGAGCACCUCAGCCUACGAAAGCAGCUCUCAAGAAAGCACACACAGUUUCGAAGAUGGACUCUGCUAACGACGGUGAGCAAGACUCAAACCACCAAAACGGUUCAGGAAUACCCCAGGAAGUGGACGAAUUAAAUCGAAUCAAGACCAGACAUGUAUUAGCCGAAUUACUAGAGACUGAAAAAGUUUACGUUACAGAAGUGCUUUCGGUGAUCAAGGGUUACAAGUUAGAAGCGCAGCUAGAAGAACAUCAACACUUGCUCUCCUCCAAUGUGGGUGAAAAAUUUGACAUAAUAUUUGGCAAUUUAGACGACAUCUAUAGAUUCCAUUCGGAAGUAUUUCUCAGGGACUUGGAGAACUGUAUAACUUCUACAGAUUUAGUAGCUUUGUGCUUUGUUCAAAAGAGGGAUAAUUUUUUUCGAUUAUACAGCUUCUACUGCCAAAAUAUUGCCAAAUCCGAGCAACUACGUGAGAGUUCAACUGAUCUGAAUCAGUUUUUUCAAGUCUGUCAGCGCAAGCUCGGCCACAAACUACCCUUGGCCGCUUACUUGCUUAAACCUGUUCAACGUAUUACCAAAUAUCAGCUUCUUCUGCGCGACCUUUUGAGGUAUUCUGAAGAAGGCAAAUGUUGCAAAGAAUUGCAACAAGCCUUGGACUGUAUGCUAGUCGUUUUGAAAUGCGUGAACGACAGCAUGCACCAAAUCUCGAUUACCGGAUUUCCAGGAGACCUUUCCCAGCAGGGGGAGCUCUUGUUGCAAGGUUCCUUUAACGUAUGGGUGGAAAAUAAAAAAGACUUGCGUCUGAGACUUAAAGCUUUAAGAAGACACUUGUUCUUGUACCAAAAGGCGUUGUUAUUUUGCAAGCCCGUUUCCAAAGCGGAGAGAAACAAAGCCACGUACCAAUUUAAACAUUACUUGAAAAUGUCUCAAAUAGGCCUCACCGAAUCCGUUAAAGGCGAUCCCAGGAAGUUUGAGGUAUGGUUGCAAGGAAGGCAAGAAGUGCAUACGAUCCAGGCAACAAAUUUGGAGCAGAAACAAGCGUGGGUGAAUGAAAUUAAAAGGGUCUUGUUCAACCAACUGGAGGAAAUCAAAGGAGAGAAAAUCAAACAAUACGCAGCGAUCACUCACAAACCAUUGCGUCAGACGACAUCAUGGGAAACACAAAAACACAUGCCGAUAACCCCUGCGGUAGAAGGCCAACAAAGAGCUUUAAGUUGCGAUUCUGAACCUCCCAAUAUCCAACACAUUGAAGAAGCUAUCGAUUGUAUGGAAGGAGGAAAUUGGUCAUCCGAUGGUAGUAACAGCGAUGAUGAUGAACACUCUAACCAAGUAUCGAGAGGUCGGUACGUGGUGCUCGCUGAUUACUGUGCAAUUGGCAACAGCGAAGUGAAUAUGAGAGAAGGAGACAUUGUUGAAUUAAUGAAAGUUGGCUGUGCCGGAUGGUGGUUUGUUAAAGUUGUUGGUGGUACAGUAGAGGGCUGGGCGCCAGCAGCAUACCUGGAAAGUUUAAGUCGCAAGGCAUUUCGCGGUGGAAGUAGGAGUCAAGAUAAACUGAAUGAGCAUUAGUGAUCAGCUGGUUUUUCAUAGACAUUUCUGAUAGCUUCGUGGUGUAUUACAUAACCGCAAUGUAGGAAUUGUUCCAAUCCAUUUAUUCCGACGUAAGAAUAACGGGUUGGCAUAAUUUGAAUGUUAUUUAUUUAUUUUUUAUGUCCUAUUAUUUAUUUUUAACGUAGAUUAGUUGUAUGUUUGCUAAGCAGGCCAAAAUGUUUUUUGUACAUUAAUUGUUAUUUAUCAGUUAUCACUGAGUAUUUUGUUAUAUCUACUAAUUUACGAUUGUUUUUCAAAAUCAUCCAAUCCGCAAAACAUAUCUAUUGUAAGUACGUAUUAUUUUCUUAUUUUAAGAGAGUACUAUGUUGACCAAAGCUAAAACGCAGAACGACGCAUUAUAUUGCACUCUUCUGCAGAUUAAGUAUUGUAUUAAUAAACUGAAUGUUGUCUUUUUUUGUUAGUUUUCGUUUGUGUUUGAUAAAGUCGUUUAGUAAAGGCACAGCUAGACAAGCUUAAGGUUUUAUUCUACUUCUUAAAAGAAUGAAUAAAACUUGACGUUUCGAUUUGACAGCGAAACUGUUAUGUUCCAGCUUGAAUGUGCCUUUAUAAAACAAUAAGUACAAAUUUUGGUAUAGGUAUUGUUUUAUUUGACAAGUUGAACUUUACAUUUAUGUUUAUGCAGUAACCCAACAAUAGCAUAGGUAUUCCAUCUACAGGAGACUGUUGACAUAUUCCCUAACAGUAAUUAAUAAGUCAGACCUCAGGGAUUUUUGGAUAUUUUAGAAUUUCGCGUCAAACUCACAGUACAUUCUGCUUGCAGUUUACUUUGGUAAAUUAAAAACAAAACUCGAAUUCCCCCAAAUCCGAUAUAUCGACAGUCUAGUAGAUUGGGAUUUACAUAUUCUAAAGUAUUAAUGAUCCAAGUCAGUAUAAUGUCAAUUCUAAUUUCUCCUACUGUGCUAAAAUACGUAUGCUCAACAUUUUAAAAGCAAAAAAAAAUUUU